AUGUAUGGUGUGAUGAGGUGUGAUGUUAGUAAGCAUGUAAGUGUGUCUGCCUCCGUGUCGCAGGGCGGCUACUUCUCACAGCUGCGCAACACUAAGAAGUCGUCGCAGCGGCUGAAGGAGGCACUGAUGGAGAGCGAACUGGCGCUGCCGCUCUGCCUUCUCAUGGCUCAGCAACGCAACUGCGUCGUCUUCCACGAGGGAUCGCUCGUCAAACACCUGAAGCUCGUCGGAAAGCUCUAUGACCAGUGUCAGGACCACUGGUGCACGUACGUGACAUUCCUGGCCAGCCAGCUGAGUUCAGCAGAACUAUGGCGACGAUGCUACCUCCACUCGAUCAACUCAUGCCACGACUACAACAUCUCAGCCGAGCGCUUUCAGCCUGUCCGCGGCCGACCCUCCAUACAACCACUCAUCAUCCAGCGUUACGAUGAGCUGAAGAAGAUCGAUCGCCGCGACAAGACGAAGGACAAGGACAAGGAUGCUGCGCUGGCGCUGAAGGCUCUGCGCUACGUGGGAGCCGUGGACGCCGUCAUGGCCCCCGUCAUCAGCUCCAUCACACCGGUCUUCCCUCAGAAGAUCUGGGAUGACUUCAGUGCGCAGUUCUACGUGACGUUCUGGUCGCUGACGAUGUACGACCUGCACGUGCCGACGGCCGCGUACGAGCGAGAGAUACAGAAGCUGAAGAGCAUGCUGCUCGCCAUCGAAGACAACAAGGACCUUGCGCAGAGCAAGAAGAAGAAGGAGAAGGAGCGCUGUGUCGCACUGAUGGACAAGCUGGGAGAUGAGCAGCGCAAGCAGCAGGACCACAGGUCACGGGUCAUGCAUCGCCUCAGCAACGAGAAGGAUAACUGGUUCUACCCACGCACGACGAAGAAUGAGAUGAUCACGCAGUUCCUGCAGCUGUGUGUCUUCCCCCGCUGCUGCUUCACGGCCAACGACGCGCUCUACUGCGCCAAGUUCAUGCACACCAUCCACAUCCUCAAGACACCAAACUUCUCCACUCUCAUCUGCUACGAUCGGAUCUUCUGUGACAUUACGUACACGGUGGCGUCUUGCACGGAGAACGAGGCAAGUCGCUACGGUCGCUUCCUCUGUGCGAUGCUGGAGACGGUGAUGCGCUGGCACAGCUGCCGCGACGUGUUCGAGAAGUCUACAAUAUACAUGGAAGAGGUGGAUCCUGUUGAUCUUGUUGAAAGGUGGAAGAGGUGGAUCCUGUUGAUCUUGUUGAAAGAUGGAAGAGGUGGAUCCUGUUGA